AUGGAUCAAACAGAACUUCUGUGGGCGCUUCUAACAACAGGCGAAAUCUCGUCCCUCAGCAAUGAAUGGACCGACGGUUUGAAGAAGCUUGACCUCGAACAGAUCGAUUGGAGCAGCCGGAAUGACAACGGUCUUACCAUUUUGGUCCAGUCUGUGAUCAUUUUGCUCCGAAACGAAUCAUGUGAAGAAGAGAUGCUCGAGAUCAUUGAGAAGUUUAUCCGCUCUGGAGCAAGCAUCUCGCAGACCUGUACAGAUGAGGCAGAAUCAACUUUCAACUUUAGUCGUCCAGAUGAUGAGGAAGAAGGUGAAGAAUGCGAGGUCAGUGUGGAGCCCGCCGGUCUCUCAGCCAUUGCCUACGUUCAAGCUUGGGCACAAGAGUUGGGCAACGCUGAGGCGGCGUUUGAUCAGAAGGUCCAACGACUGGGCAAAGUCCUGAACCGCUUUGCAGGAGGUGGGCUUAAGAAAGAUCAUGACGCAAGAGUGCCAGUUCAUGAUGCUAUCAUCGAGCUUUGGGAAAAGUAUUUGGCUGCGAGCGCCACACAUGACUUGACCAUUGACACUGCUGACGGCCUUGUGACUGCUCAUGCUCAGAUGCUCAAAGGAGCUUCUGCCGUGGUUGCUGCGAUGUUGGAGUCACCCAUGCAGGAGGGACAAUGUCAACGAAUUCAGGUGAAGGACGUGCCAAAGGGUGCGGUCUCACUCGUUCUGGAGAUUUUAUACACCUGCUCCACGCAGAACGAGCCCGACUACAAGACCGCUUUGCAGGCGAUGGAUGUGGCACACCGCUGGCAGGUGGAUGUGGUGGUCAGCGUCCUAGCUCGUUUGCUUCAAGGGAUGAUCACAGAUGAGAGCUUUUCGGAGAUUGCCGAGCAAGCCGUUUUGAAGAACUUGGACGACCUGAAGACAGCCAUCCAGAGUUUUGGGGCGGCAUCUGAUGCUGUGAAGGAUCAAUUGAAAGAUGGACAGCUCCCAGCUGCCGUCCAGAAGCUCUUCGCCGGCGGCACGGAGACGCUGGCGGACUCCAGGAGCGGGGAGCGAGCGGUUCGUGCCACGGAGGGGCAGCUCUUCGGAGAGCAUGAAGCGCAAAACACCACCAAUGAGCAAACCCAAACGAUGUACUCUUUGCGACAGGAGUUGCAGUACAGACCGACGAGUGAAGUACCGUCGCGGCGAAGUGAGCGAAGUCGUACGGAGUUGAAAGAUCGAGCGCAUUCGCGGCAGAUGAACCGUGCAGCAUUACAUAGGUCGAAAUCACCGAUCACCAUCGACGUCACCAAGGUCCAAAACCGCUUCAAGAAAGCCGCCAUGACCGCCGCCGCAUACCACCUCACCGAGGAGGAGCAGAAGGAGCUCCGCCGAACCUUUGAGAAAUUGGACACCGACGGCGAUGGAUUUAUGACCUUGCAGGACCUUCACCGUGGCCUCAGCGAUCUACCACAGAUGCGGGGCUUAAACCUGGCGCAGCUCAUGGACGAUCUGGACCGGAACCAGGACGGGCGCUUGGAGUACACCGAGUUCAUUGCGGCAGCCAUGGAUCAACGCCUUCACCAGAACGAAGCAUUGUGCUGGCGCGCUUUCAAGGCUUUUGACCGUGAUGAUGACGAUCGGAUCACGUAUCCCGAUCUUCUGCACGUCCUGCAGGAUCCAGAUCUACAGAUGGAGGUGCCGAACUGCCGCAGUGCUUGGCAAUACUUUGCCCGUAUGGACGAGGAUGGCGACGGCCUGGUGAGCUUCGAGGACUUCAUGCGGAUGCUCUCCACACAGAACACGCCGGUGUCCGCCUCGCUCUACACCAAGGCCACGUUCGGCGCUUUGUCGCCCACGCGGCACUCGGUGUCCACGAUGUUGGAGGAGGACACCGUCUCCCACGAGGAUUCGGCCGAAGAAGUGAUCUCGAAUGGCAGCUGAUCGGAUCGCAUGCAGGAUCUGAUGUUUUCAUCGAGACUGCCCGGAGCGCAGAACGUCGGGCGAUGCACCGUGCAGUCGAACGACUCAACGGUCACCUCUUUGGAGAUUGGGGACAUGCCAUUCUUCAACCAGGGUGAGCACAGGUCCACGGAUCAUUUCGAGAUCUUCAAAGCAUUUGCAGAGAAGCAGAAGUCUCCGGCUUUUGGGCGAAGUACAGCCAGUGACCCCGUCACUACGACGGGUGCAGAUGGCAAUGAAUGUGGUGGGCCACCGGAGCUUGGUGAAAGCGCCUGGGGACAGGGCCCCACAGGGCAUUUCAACUGCUAGCAUUGGUUGGAGACCCCUUUA